GCUCUGUGGCUCUGUGCAGGGUCUGGGAAAGGGGCGUGUGUCCCUUUAAGAGGCUGGCCCAGGAGGGCCGUCGUUUGUCCCGGGCUGUUUCCUCUCUGGUCAUUCGAGAGCCCAAAACACAUCUCCGAGUAGCGGUCCAGCCUCAUCCACUGAGCCGGGUCGAGCCUCGGAGCAUCCGGCUCGCACACCAGCCUGCCCGCCGGCCUGCUGCGGCGGCCGAGAUCUCACCGAGACGUGCUGGGAUUCCAGGACGGGGAAUGAUGCUUCUUCCGCUCGUAGCCCUGCUGCUCUUCCUUCCUGGCUGCCCUGGGCUCCCCUUCUACAAUGGAUUUUACUACGGGAACGUCAUGAAUGACCGGGGCUACAGCAACGGCAACGGUCCUGGAGAAGGUCUCUUCAACGGAGUGAAAUUGGUGGUGGAGACCCCCGAGGAAGCUCUGUUCAGCCAUCGGGGGGCCAACGUGACGCUGCCUUGCCACUACCAUUACGAGCCGGCCUUGGGCUCGCCCCGGCCCGUCCGGGUGAAGUGGUGGAAGCUGGGGGAGGGAGGGGAGCCGGAGCGGGACGUGCUGGUGGCCAUCGGGCUGCGGCACCGCAGCUUCGGGGAAUUCCGGGGCCGCGUGCACCUGCAGCAGGAGAACGGUCGGGACGUGUCCCUGGUGAUCCGUGACCUGCGGCUGCGGGACUACGGGCGCUACCGCUGCGAGGUCAUCGACGGGCUGGAGGACGAGAGUGGCGUGGUGGACCUGGAGCUGCGAGGAGUAGUGUUCCCCUACCAGCCGCGCCUCGGCCGCUACCAGCUCAACUUCCACGAAGCCCAGAGGGCCUGCGAGGGCCAGGACGCGGCGGUGGCCUCGUUCGAGCAGCUGUUCAGGGCCUGGGAGGAGGGGCUGGAUUGGUGCAACGCCGGCUGGCUGCUGGACGGGACGGUGCAGUACCCCAUCACCCAGCCGCGGCAGCCCUGCGGCGGGCACGGCACGGCCCCCGGCGUCCGCAGCUAUGGGCAGCGUCACCGGAGCCGCCACCGCUACGACGUCUUCUGCUUCUCGGCCGCGCAGAGAGGCAGAGUGUACUAUCUGGAGCACCCGGAGAAGUUGACGCUGGCAGAGGCGGAGGCGGCCUGCCUGGAGGACGGAGCCCGCAUCGCUAAGUUUUUGAAAGCCAAAGAGGAAACAACAUCCUCCCUUAACCUCCACCCUGAGCCUGUCUCUUCCUCAGGUCCCCUCUUAUCCAGGAGGGGCUGGGGCUUGGGAAGACGGGAUCUUCUUUAUGCUCCCGUACUGACCCCCAGAAGAGCCAUAAUCCAGAAGAACCCAAGGACUGGAAGUUUCUAUGGUAACCCAGACCCCUCCCCCCGCCCCCCGCCACCGUCUGGUCUCUUUCUCACCUCAUCCCCAGGGACCCCACCCUGCUCCCUUCAUCCAGAACUAGGCUGGCUCAGCUUGGGACCCAGAUGGAGGCACCAGAGAGGUGAAGCUUUGGCAGAUCGGGGCAUCUCGCCGUACCCAACCCCCACCUCGGGGACCAGCUUAGAGUCCCCUGUUCUCAGCCUCAUAAGAUUUUUUGUAUUUCAUCUCUCUGACUCCCCUUUCUCUUCCCCUCUGCCCUGUCUUCAGGCAUUUUUUAAAUGGCAUUUGUUCAGCGCAUACUAAGUGCC